ACAGGCUUCGCCGUCGCCUCAUCAAAGCGCAACAGCGAUUUUCACGCCCUCUUCCCCUCUGUUCCCGACGACGACUACCUCAUCGAAGACUACGGGUGCGCCCUCGUCCGCGAGGUGUUCAUUCAGGGUCGCCUAUACGUAAGCGAGAACCACAUCUGCUUCUACGCCAACAUCUUUGGAUGGGUGACAAAUAUCGUGGUUCCCUUCAGCGAGACGGUCGCCAUCGAGAAGAGGAUGACGGCCCUAAUCAUUCCGAACGCGAUCCAGAUUGCGACUCUGCAUGCGAAGCAUACCUUCUCCAGCUUCAUCACCCGCGACGCCACGUACGAUCUUGUGGCCAACAUCUGGAAGCUCAGCCACCCAGACGUGCCCAGU